UUAACUCUUCAGUUCACACAAAAGAUGUUGGACAACUUCUACAAUUUUGCUUCAUCAUUUGCUGUCUCACAGGCCCAGAUGACACCAAGUCCAUCUGAAAUGUUCAUUCCAGCAAAUGUGGUUUUGAAAUGGUAUGAAAACUUUCAAAGACGACUAGCACAGAACCCUCUCUUUUGGAAAACAUAAUUUGAAUAAAAUGAUUUUUAAUGGAU